CUGCCCCACGAACACAGCCAGGUGCUCUUAUCAGCUGCUCGCACCAUGGCUGGGGAGAUAGUCUAUGCCGAUCUGAACCUCUCCUCUGGCUUUCCCGGCUCCAGGGCGCCCCUGUCAGCUCAGCCCCUCAGUACUCCGAGUCCCCGGUGGCAUAGGACAGCGCUGUGGGUCGGAUGGAUUGGGAAUAUUGUCCUGGUGAUUGUUGUGAUAGUGCUCGGGAUUUGGGUUUCCCACUUGGUGUCUGAGAAGGGACAGACCCCGGCAGCCCCGGAUUGCAACGGAGCCGGGAGCAGAGACCCCAGCACAGCAGAAUGCAGCACCCGCCUGGAGCGUUUCCGAUCCCAACUGUGCCCCCCGGCCCUGCCCAGCCCAGCAGGAGGCUCCGGGUGCAAACUGUGCACCACGGACUGGCAGCUACGCAGGGACAAGUGCUACUGGGUCUCCAAAGGAAGUAAAACGUGGAGCGAGAGCCGCGCCGACUGCUCAGCGAGGGGCUCCCAGCUGCCGGUGAUCCGGGACCGGGAGGAGCUGGAGUCUCUACAGGACCUGACACAAGGCUCAAAUCUGUUCUGGGUCGGACUGUCCGUCCCCUCCCCGGAGAAGGCCUGGACUUGGCUGGACAGCUCCCGGCUGGAUCAGACCCAGUUCCCGGUGUCAGGCCCGGCUGAGGGGAACAGCUGUGGGGUGGUGAAGGGGAAUCGGAUUCAUUCUGACUCCUGCGACUCUGCACGUCAGUGGAUUUGCCAGAGAGACGCCGUCCCGCUCUGAGCAGGGUACGGGGGAGACCUCAGAGCACGGCACCGUUAUCUCCAUGUCACACACGGGGAAACUGAGCCACAGCCACUGACCUGCCCAAGAUCACAGCGAGUUUGUGGCAAAGUAGAAAUGGAACCCAGGGGGUCUGACUCCCAGCCCCCCUCCCUCUAAUGCAUCAGCCCCUCCCCCUCUCCCAGGGCUGGGACUAAACCCCAGGAGUCCUGGCUCCCAGUCCUAC